AUGGAUCCAUCAGAUACUCAGGGGUCAAAUCCAAAUCCGUAUCCAUACGACACGAGCCGCAUCAGUGAACUGCUUAAGCGCAAGCGCCGCACACGCGGCAUCAAGUCUUGCUUUCCCUGUCGUCAUCGGAAAGUCCGCUGUGAUGGCAAUACGCCAUGUUCAAGUUGUAUCCAGCGCCAUCAUCCGGAGCUAUGUUGUUUGCCAUCUUCCAGCUCGGGGCAAGAGCCGCCUGCUUCCGAUGGGAAGGGAGGCGCUUUUUCGAUGAAUGGCGAUGGGGAUGAUGAAAUGCAUGGAACUUCUACUCACAGCAAUAUCUCCGGAGAAGACCAGAGGGGAUACCUGAAUGAUACCACAAAUUUGCCCCCAGGGAUUGAUCUCAUUAUCAGCAGGCUUGACAAGAUGGAUAAGCAGAUCUCUUCUCUCAAGACGGAGCUUCGGCAGAGCCGCUUCAAUUCAGGGUCGGACACAAUCGCACAAGACAAUUCAGCGUCUACUUCCAUAUCACCCCAUAUGAGGAAGGGCUCAACGCUUGCGAAAUCUCCGGGAAAGCACUUCGUCGAAGACGCCACCGGCGCCACCAUCUUCCUGGGGAGUCACUCUGACCCGCCAGUGGCUUUGGGAUGUCGACAAGCUGGUAAUGAUUCAAUGCUCAAUGACUCAAUCCUCUUGGAUCAGCUUGUUCCACGAACCUAUCCCUUCACAAACUUGUGGAAGCCAGAGCCUGGAGCCGGAGAGAUCUGCGAGACUUUACCAGAUGAGUCGGAUAUUAUCCGAUACUGGCAAGUCUACCAGAACAACGUACACCCCUUUUAUCCGGCACUAGUGACGUACGAGCAAUUCAAUAUCUCGCUAUUUGUGUUUCUCAACAAACGCUCUGGUAUAACCCCAGAAAACCAAGUCUCGGUAUUAGAUGACAUGGAUUCCUCGUGGCUUGCAUUGCUUUUUGCUGUGCUUGCAUGUGGAGUGCAAUUCUCAAAUGAUCCCAUCAAGGAGCGAGAUUUGCGCUGUAAAGUGUUCAUCUGCUCCUCCUUCCAAUGCCUCCGAGCUUCGAACUUUUUCAACAACACCAACAUGGACCAGAUUCAGGCUAAAGCAUUAAUUGGAAACUGUCUGCGCAACAACCUCGAUACCAAUAGUGCCUGGAUUCUAAUGGGAUCAACGAUACGUCUCGCACAAAGUAUUGGAUUACACGAAGAAACUGCCUCAGACCCACGAAAUUCCACCGUGGAACAAUUCCAACGAAAACGCCUUUGGUGGAUGCUUUUAUGGCAAGACACCUUCCUCUCCUUUACCUACGACCGCCCGCCCAACGUGAGCAAGCUAAGCAGCAGCCUCCCACACGAUCCAGAGUCGGGUCCAGGGUGGUCAUUCGCAGAAUGCGUCUGCGCACUGUGUCAGAUUCUUCUCGAGAGGGCACGACAGGAAAGUACUGAAACAAUCACCGAAACACUGUCUUUCAAGAGUCGAAUGGCAGCGAUAUUUGAAGACGCUGCACCAUUCCUCCUCGACAAAGCGAACUGUCGCAGUCUGCAGGAUCAUCUUGAGCGCCUAGCCCUGAAUAUCCACAUCUGUUACGCAAUCUGUCGACUCUGCCGGGUAGUCCUGGAGACUGCUGCCAGUGCAGACCAUCACUCACUUGUAGAUGUUGAUUCCAUCAAGAUAGAGUGCACUGAGCGCGCUGCCGAGGCCGUUGAGAGCUUCUUGGAUAUGCACCGCCUAGCGGCCACUGUGUGUCGCUCGUGGGCCUUUGUGCAUAAUGCUGUUAGUUGUGCGCUUACGCUCCAGAAUAUGGUCGCUGUUGGUCCACGGCAAUCCCACGCGGAUAUGCUGGCGAAGCGCUUGAUUGUUGUUUUGGAGCGCGAAGAACAGCAGUCUGUGUGGGAAGACACGGAUACGAAUGUGCGGUAUUUUGGUCCGUAUUCCCGGGCCCUCAGGGCUUUGCGUGAGACAAGAGGUCAGUGA